AAGAAAAGAAGAAGAAAAAGAAGACAAAGAUGUGGUAAAUUUGACUUACAAAAAUCCAUUGAAAAGUUAGGAGUUGAAUUUCAUCCUUAUUCAUUCAAAAAGAAAAAAAGAUAUCAAUAUCUCGGUCCUGGAACAUUCUUAAAAAAACGACUCGCACGUGGUGAUCCAGGUAUCAACCGAUUGGACAGAAUUGCAAAACAACAUGAUAUCGACUACUCUAAAGCCAGACACAUCCAAGAUAAAUGGAAAGCUGAUGAUAAAAUGGUCGCAGCCAUUCAUGCACUUCCUGGUCCAAAAUCUUACAUGGAGAAAUUGUCGGGUCAUAUUACCGCAGCUAAAAGAGGUCUGCAUUUGUAA